AUGGCGGCGAAAUCCGAUGGCGGUGGCGUGGGGGUGGGCUUCGCCCAGCUGCACAACCUGGACGAGGCGGUGGGCAGCGGCGAGGAGGACGGGGAGCCCGGGGGAGGCGGCUGCGGCGGCGGCGACGGCAGCGAGCCCGGCGAGAGCAGCUCGCUGCACAUCUGCCACUGCUGCAACACCUCCUCGUGCUACUGGGGCUGCCGCUCCGCCUGCCUGCGCUCGCUGCUGGGCAAGAAGCCGCGCCGCAGCGCCGCCGCCGCCGACGGGGGGGACCAGCCUCUGCAGCCGCCCGGGGCCGCCGGCCGCCACCCCCCGACGCCUUCGGCCGGCCGACCGCAGCCCGCGUCGCCGCAGGUGGAGCGGCCGUGGCUCGACUGCCUGUGGAUCGUGUUGGCGCUGCUGGUGUUCUUCGGGGACGUGGGUACCGACCUGUGGCUGGCCCUCGACUACUACCGCAAGGGGGACUACGGCUACUUCGGGCUGACCCUGUUCUUCGUGCUGGUGCCGUCGCUGCUGGUGCAGAGCCUGAGCUUCCGCUGGUUCGUGCAGGACUACACGGGCGGCGGACUGGGCGCCGUGGAGGGGCUCAGCAGCCGGGGACCCCCAAUGAUGGGGGCCGGCUACGGCCACGGUGCGGCCCGCGGCGCCCCGGGUGUGGGGAGCUCGGCCACCCCGGGGGCGCAGCGUCUGUGCCGCCUCUCCGUGUGGAUCUGGCAGUCGGUCAUCCACCUGCUGCAGAUGGGGCAGGUGUGGAGGUAUAUCCGCACCAUGUACCUGGGGAUUCAGAGCCAGCGGCAGAAGGAACACCAGCGACGCUUCUACUGGGCUAUGAUGUACGAAUAUGCAGAUGUCAACAUGCUGCGCCUCCUGGAGACCUUUCUGGAGAGCGCGCCCCAACUGGUGCUACAGCUCUGCAUUAUGAUCCAGAAGAAUAGCGCAGAGACGCUGCCCUGUGUCUCCUCUGUGACUUCCCUGAUGUCCCUGGCUUGGGUGCUAGCCUCCUAUCACAAGCUGCUGCGGGACUCCAGGGACGACAAGAAGAGCAUGAGUUACAGAGGGGCCCUCAUCCACCUCUUCUGGCGCCUCUUCACCAUCUCAUCCCGAGUUAUCUCUUUCGCCCUAUUUGCUUCCAUCUUCCAGCUGUAUUUCGGGAUCUUCGUGGUGGUGCAUUGGUGCGCCAUGGCCUUCUGGAUCAUCCAUGGAGGGACAGACUUCUGCAUGUCCAAGUGGGAGGAGAUCCUCUUCAACAUGGUGGUAGGGAUCGUGUACAUUUUCUGCUGGUUUAACGUCAAGGAAGGGCGGACUCGAUACCGAAUGUUCGCAUACUAUACGAUAGUCUUGACCGAGAAUGCUGCCUUGACGUUCCUUUGGUAUUUUUACAGAAACCCGGAGAACACUGACUCCUAUGCCGUGCCAGCACUGUGUUGUGUCUUCGUUAGCUUUGUGGCUGGGAUCGCGCUCAUGCUCUUAUACUAUGGCGUGUUGCAUCCCAUGGGGCCGCGGGCUAAGGUCUUUGCCAGCUCCUGUUGUGCCGAGCUGCUCUGGGGCAUCCCUUUGCCCCCCGAUGUUGAGCCCAUGGCACCUCAGACCCCUGGGUACCGGGGGACCCAGGUCACUCCCACCAGAGCCGUGACGGAACAGCAGGAGGACCUCACGGCUGAUACUUGCCUGCCUGUAUUCCAAGUGAGACCCAUGGGGCCCUCCACCCCGUCAGGGCGUCCUUACCACCCAGAAGGGCCCCUGAUUAAGAUUGACAUGCCAAGAAAGAGGUACCCGGCCUGGGAUGCGCACUUUGUAGACAGGAGGCUGCGGAGGACUAUUAACAUCCUGCAGUACGUCACCCCCACCGCAGUGGGCAUUCGCUACCGAGAUGGGCCUCUGCUCUAUGAGCUGCUGCAGUAUGAGUCUUCGCUCUAG